AUGAGUCUUCUCACCAAAAACUUCAGAUGCACAGCUGUUGAUCCAGACGGCAAACAAUUCGAUGAUGUUUCUAGAAUUAAAGCAACAACAGAUGAAGGAGAUUAUGAGCUUGUUCUCGAUUAUAACUGUUUCAUCUAUGAAAUUAAGCAGGACCAGUUGUUCCAGCUUAACAUCUCAACACAACUUCAUAGUGAUGAAGCAUCUAGAGCUGAAGAACAUUGGCAUCCAUCAAUUGUCGAGAACUCAACACUCGCUGCUUCAUACGAAUAUAUUAUGCACGGAAAAGUUUACAACUACGAAGAACAGCCAGAAACAAAUCGUGCUACUGUUUAUGUUUCUUAUGGUGGUCUCCUUAUGUCAUUAACAGGCGAUCGUAACACAAUUGCUGGUAUCCAGCGUGGCAAGGAAGUCUAUCUCCUCAUUUCCAGAAAGAGCAAAUAA